CGUGACGUACAUAUACUUGGACUUGGCUCAUACGGCACUCGAGAGACAAGUCUUGUGGCACGCCCUCAAGACUGGCGCCAUGGGAGUCAAGCGACUGGAGUACAGGCAAAACUUCAUCGACAUCAUUUGCGUGAUGCCGCUGACCGAGUCAACUAUUUGUUGCGAGGCUAUCGCAAGCAUGACGAACAUAACAUUCCUCGAACUUUCGAGCAUGUGUUUCAGCAAAGACGUGGUGCGCAUUAUUGGUACCUACGUGGAGCAGGCCACUUCGCUCACUGAUCUGGAGUUACUCAACAUUGAGGCUACUGACACAAACGCUGGCCGCUUCCUCGACCAUUUGGCUCGCAACCGGAGUCUGAAGUAUCUGCAUGUGCACGAAAACUUCCUGCUCGCGCGGCAGGGCAGGGCUCUCGCAGAUGCCGCCCUAAACCACGUGACACUGGAGGAACUUAAGGUGUCCUGGUUGAGUUGAAGCUGUCUCAGUGCGGCCUGGGUGAAGUGUUCGCGUCGCGAGCCGCGGAGAGACUACUCCAUGACAGGCGGCUGCGUAAUCUCAACGUGGAAAAUAACGAUUUCUCAGUCAACUCAAUUAAGAGCAUGGUAGAAGUUCUGCAGGCACUUGGUGCUGAGCAUGGCUUUCUUUCCCGAUGUCGACGUGGUCAACGUGUUUCGGGCCCUCGAAAGCAACCGGACCAUCUUUAUAAUGGUCUUCAAUGCCAUCACUUUCGGCAAAAGAAAUGCCAAGGCGCUGGGGCGAUUGGUCGAACGCAACCGAGCGUUCAAUUCUCUCACCCUCGACCUUAACCAGAGUGAGCCCUGCGUCGACCGCAUGGUUCAGUUCCGCAAUAUCUGCCGAGAACUCAAGGAGGCGCUUCGUCGGAACCGCUUCAUUGUGCACAUAAACGUAAACUUAGGCAAUUCUAAUCUCUCCAACGACCCUGCCAUCAAGGAUGCUAUCAGGCAAAACUCGGCGCUCAUCAACCAAGCCAUCCGGUUCGUCAAUGGCUCCAUGGACAAGACUGACGCCCUGGCUUUCGAGACCCUGCAGCAUUGUCGGUCGGUGUCAAUAAGGAUGCACUCGCAUGGUGGAAUUUCCCUCGAGUCAGCGCUCCAGAAGGUCGCCGAGGCGCGCGAAAGGCUCGCUUUGAACUACUUCGUCCUCGCGGGCGUCGUCAAAGCCAAACUUGUGUGCCAGAUGACUCGCAAGGAGAAGAAAAUGACCUUGCUCGACAAAAUCGGCCGAGUAAUGCAGGCGCGCAUCUGCUCCUACCUCAGCUUGACCGACGUGGUGGACAUCUGAGGGUCCACACUUUCCGUUUCGUGCCUCAAUCCUCCAUCAAAUGAGAAUGACUUUACC